ACAAACCACACAUUCGUCAUUAUCGUCGCUCGGUUAUUAAUCGGCUCUCAGCGAUUCGUGUUUGUACAAAGAUAAGCAUUCGAGUGAUUCACUCUCUGAUAUUUGUAUACAAGUCUGAAAGUUAUGAACCAUGAAUUCGUCGAGUCAACAAAAUGAUGGCUUUACUGAAGUUGAUUUAGGAACAAAAAAUAACGAAUUAAUGCUCAAUGAUGAGUCUCAAAAAAGUCCAUCAAUUGAAGUUUUAAAUGUUACUCAAUCCUCUGAAGUUAAAGUUGGCAAUUCUGUAGUUUAUCAUGGGCCGGUUACAGUACAACAAAUACAUCUCAAUGGAAAGGAAGAAAAAGUGACAGGAGAAAAUGCGUCACGAUCGAGUAAAAUUCCCUUAAUUGACCUUCAACGAUACUCAUCGAACAAAAAAAUCGCAUUUGCCAUAUCCAUCGCCAUUCUUUUCAUUAUGAUCUCCUUCAUUUUAUCAAUAACUCUCAACAAAAAUGGCGAAGAUGAUCCUCAAGUGAACCUAACUUACGUCGAAGUCUACGAAUGGCAUGGAAAAACUCCCGAACCAAAUUACACUUUUCCAUUAGAACUGCCCGCUACUCGAGUAAUUAUCGCUCAUACCGUCACCGAACAAUGUUUCAACCUCGAAACUUGUUCUUUGCAAAUGCGAAUGAUCCAAAAUUUGCAUAUCGGGUAUGAUUUCGGAAACAUCGGUUAUAAUUUUGUCAUUGGCGGCGAUGGAAGAGUUUAUGUUGGAAGAGGAUGGAAACUUCAAGGCGCUCAUACAAAAGGUUGGAACAAACGAAGUAUUGGAAUCGCAUUUAUAGGCGACUUCACUUCAACAAUUCCAACGAAGGAAGCUUUGAAAGAAGCCAAACUGCUGUUAGACGAUGGUGUUGAAAAGAAAUUUCUGAGUUCGAAUUAUAAACUUUUGGGACAUCGACAAGUAGCGCUAUUUGCCAGUCCAGGCGAUAUGCUUUACAAAGAGAUCCAGAGUUGGAGUCAUUGGACUGCGAAUGUUUAUGGCGAAUCGUGAAACGUUUGAAAAUUUCAACUUUGAUCCUCGAAUAUUUUUUUUUAUUAACUAAAACCAAUAAAUUCCUUACAAAUUUUAUCGAAAUGUUGAUGGGAUGGAUUUUUAACUUCUUUUCCAAAUUUCAAAAAUAAUUUCUUGUCAACAAUUUUCAUAUCGAGAAAUUUAACGACAUAAAUUUC